UGGCGGGACUGAUGUGUCCCCUACCGCCGGAUUGGGUUUUCUAGAUUCAGAAUCCGGAAAAAAUCUGGCGAAAUAUAUUAUUAAUAAAUUGCGCCAAGAAGCACCAACUCAAAAUUUAUACACUAUUUCUUACUUUUUCACCCUCUUUUUUAAAAAUUGGAAAUAAAAUAAUGGUCACUUUGAAAAAUUUGCAAAAUGGUCAUUAGUGAAAAUUUUAUUAUUUUGUCGCUUUGUCUACUUUCUCAAUUAAAUCAAAGAACCUCUGAACAUUUAAAAUUUUACGAAAAUUUAAACAAAAUCCAAUUAUAAAUCCAAAUCGUUUAGAUAUUUUCUCAUUUUAAUUAAAAUGGCUUCUGCAUCGACCGACAAACUUGAUGUUUCUGUAGAUGGUAGUUCAUCUUCCAACAAGGAACAACUCAGUGCUAAAGAAAAAGCUUUACACAAUUAUGUUUUCAGAUCAAUGAAAAGAGCACACGAUAUGUUUUUGUAUGAUUAUGAUGUUUUUCCAGAAAAUAGUGAAAAAGCUGAAAAAAUUUGGAGAAACACGAAAAUUAGAAGCAGUUUCUCACAUGUAAUUAAAGCAGUUGAAGAAAAUAAAAGACGUAGAGCUGAAGAAGUACUUCGUCUACCAAAAAGCAACAAAGAAGGAAUUGCUGCUGUUGUAGCAGAUGAAAAUGUACCUCUAGCGAUCACUGAUGGUUCAUCAAAAGGAGAAAAACAAAUUUCACUGAUUGAACAAAAAUCAAAUGACGGAACUGUUCGCGCUUUACUCCCUUCUCGUGCAAAUUUAAUUACAAAACCAAAAUGGCAUGCCCCUUGGAAAUUAUAUAGAGUGAUUUCUGGUCACACAGGUUGGGUUAGAGCUGUAGAUGUUGAACCAAACAAUGAGUGGUUUGCUACUGGUGGUGCUGAUAGAAUUAUUAAGAUUUGGGAUCUUGCCAGUGGUCAAUUGAAACUUUCCUUAACUGGUCAUAUUAGUGCAGUGAGAGCAGUAAAAGUUUCGCCAAGACAUCCUUAUUUGUUUAGUGCUGGGGAAGAUAAACAGGUUAAAUGUUGGGAUUUGGAACAGAACAAAGUUGUUCGUCAUUAUCACGGCCAUUUGAGUGCUGUUCAAGAUUUGGCUCUUCACCCAACUCUUGAUAUUUUGGUUACUUGUGCUCGUGAUUCUACUGCUAGAGUUUGGGAUAUGCGUACUAAAGCACAAAUAUUUUGUUUGAGCGGUCAUCGUGACACAGUUGCUUCAGUUAUCUGUCAGAGCUCGAAUCCACAAGUUGUUACCGGCAGCCACGAUUCAACUAUUCGCUUGUGGGAUUUAGCUAGCGGGCAAAGUGUUUGCUCUUUAACUAAUCAUAAAAAAAGUGUUCGUUCUCUAGCACUUCAUCCAACUCUUAAUAUGUUUGCAUCUGGCUCUACAGACAACAUAAAAUUAUGGAAAUUUCCGAACGGUGAUUUUAUGCAGAAUCUUAGUGGCCAUAAUACAAUGAUUAAUUCUCUGGUGAUUAAUGAAGAUGGUGUUCUUGUUUCUGGAGGUAAUAAAAUAUUCAGUUUAAAUGUAGGGAAGAGUAGUGCUUUUUUAUACAGUGAUGUCGGCACAAUGCAUUUUUGGGACUUCAAGUCCGGAUUUUGUUUUCAAAAAGAACAUCCACCUCCACAGCCUGGAUCAAUUGAUUCGGAACGUGGGAUUUUUGCACUUUGUUUUGACAAAUCAGGAUCGCGUUUGAUAAGUGCUGAAGCAGAUAAAUCUAUAAAAAUGUGGAAAGAAGAUUUGAAUGCGACAGAAGAAACACAUCCGCUAAUGUGGCGACCUGAAAUACUCAAGAAGCAACGUUUUUAA